UUUGCCUUCAGUGGUUCUACGCUCUUAAUAUGUGGAAGCUUGCAACGUAUUUUUGUUACGCUUUUAUUGUGUGCAAUUUGUAUGGUGCGGCCCAAACUCAGGAUACCCAUUCACUGUGUGUGGUGAAGGACGCUCCAAAUCAAUGUGGGGCAUUCUGUUUGGGAGCACUGCAUCCGCUGUUCGAUCACAAUGCCAAGCAGAGACAAAAAUUAGACAUAAUAGCUGACACAUUAAUUGAAAAUAAAGCGAAAAUGGAAAUGAUAGAAAGUAGACUGCAGGAGCUACAAGUCAAAGUGCUAAGCCAACUUCAGAAUACAAUGGAAAGUCAAAUUGAAACGAGAGUGGAGAGCUUUAAGGAAACAGGAAGCAAAGAAACCCAUUCCGUAAAUAAUGACAAAAUUAUCUUGCCAUUCUUCGAGCAAAUCGGUUCCAGAUUUUUCUAUAUCGAGAAGAAGGAUUUUCUAGAUUGGCUUACGGCUGAAAACACAUGCCGUCUUAAGGGUGGCCAUCUGGCAUCCAUCAAAAACGAAGAUGAAUUUAACGCCAUCAGUGCGAAGCUAGAGAAAAACACUUAUUACUGGCUGGGCAUCAACAAUCGGGAAAAUGUGAAGCAGUUCGUAUCUGUGGCCUCCGGUAAACCACCUCAAUAUGUAAACUGGUAUUGGGGAAUUCCAAACAAUGUAUUCCCUGUUGAGUGUGUGCUUAUUUACAAUCACGCAAUGCAUCAUUCUGCUUGUGACAGCGAGCGACAUUUCAUUUGCCAGGCAGAUCAUGAGAUAUAGUUAAAUGCUUACUAAAAAAUUAAUUAAAUAUCUUAAAAUAGGUUGUAGUCGAUUUGAAAGUUAAAGUAAAAUGAAUCUAUGUUGUUAAUAUAUUUAUUUUGACUUUAGUGUCUCCUGUAAAUAAUAUAUAUUUUAAGAAAUUUGUUAGUUAUACUGUUAACUCAUGUUAUUUUUAUAAUCUCAUAAUUUUUAAAUACGAAAUCGUAUUUCCAUUGAAAAUAAAUGCUUUGUUUAAAGGCUCUUCUGAA